AUUAAGCUGAAUCUCUGGUCUACUCUGUUAACUUUCUCCGCCGUCGUACUCAGUUUCUUCCUUAGCUUUCUCUUUUCGAGCCAGCGAGGUCAACAAUGGAGGAAGUGUUGGCUAUAAUUAUAUCAAUGCUUCUACUUGUUGCGUUCGUUCCCCUUUUUCUAUGGAAACGCCGUCAAGAUUUUCAAUUAACCCAUGAACAUGAAGAACCGCCUCAGGUCCGCCAAAGUGAAACUGUGGUGCGUUCUACUGGUACUCGGCGGAUGCGUCGGAGGCCCGCUUCUGGAGCUAGUACAUCGUCAGCCCCAGCUACUCAUGAAGAAACUGUUGAUGAAAGUGAUGAUGAAGCUUCUGGUGGUGAGUAUUUUGAAGCUAAAGCACCAAAGAAAAAGGAGAAGAAACGGCAAGAGCGGGAGGCCCAACGACAGGCUGAACAAGCUGCACAAGAAUCAAGGCAAACAAAACAAGACCGUUAUUCUGAUUUGAGGAAGAGGAAAGAGGAGGAGCGUGAGGCAGAAGAACGUAGGCUGGAGGAAGAAGCAUUGGCCCAAAAGGCUAAGGAGGAGGAAGCUGCUGCAAUGGAGUUUGAAAAGUGGAAAGGUGAAUUUUCGAUAGAUGCUGAAGGUACUACAGAAAAUGAAGUGCAAGAUGGAAGUCAGGAUUUGCUUUCUGAUUUUGUGGAAUACAUUAAGAAACAGAAAUGUGUUCCUUUAGAGGAUCUUGCUGCUGAAUUCAGAUUAAGGACACAGGAAUGUAUCAAUCGGAUCGCUUCCUUGGAGAGUAUAGGGCGACUUUCUGGCAUUAUGGAUGACAGAGGAAAAUACAUUUACAUCUCUCAAGAAGAAAUGCAAGCUGUAGCUGACUAUAUUAAGCAUCAGGGCAGGGUUAGCAUUUCACACUUAGCUAGCAAGUCCAACCAGUUUAUCGAUUUGGAAUCGAAACCAUAUAUGGCCAAGGAUAUAAUUAGCUCUGAGGAGAUCAUUGUGUCCUAACUAAGAGGAGGACCACUGCCUUUUGUGUGAACGAAAUUUCAAGUACAAACAAACUAACUAUACUUUUAAUUUUCUUGCACUAGGGUAAGGGUAAAGGCGACUUUAGUUGCAAGCCCCUGUAUAUUGAACACAAAAUUAACAAUCAAGUUUUCAAAUUUUUUUGGUUGCAA